AUGAAUGAAGAGGAAGAACAUAAUCAUGCUCAAAAAAUACCAGUUACUAUGGAUGUCUCGAAUCUAAACCCAGAUUGGUUCUAUGUAGAGAGUCUGGAAUCUGGACUAAUUGACGUGCAGAAUGACUAUUCUGUCGAUGAAAUUGUAGAUGGCGAUAAUGUUCUUUGGGAGUCUGAAGAUGACUGGAGGUGUACUCACGCAUUCAUAGAGUCAAGCUCAAAGAGGACUUUCCUGGUGUUUGGUUUUGAAAGGGGAAAAGGCUCGCACUCUCGAGCUUUCUUGAAGGAAAAUGGAGACUGGAAUGAAAUUCCCAUGCUUUUUGCCGGCUCAGUUUCUUUAGAAGUAGAAAAUGAACGUCUCCAAGAGCAGGGUAUUGUCCAGAACAUUUACAAUGCAUAA